GGGUUUUGUGUCGCUACGUAAUAUCCUUAAUUAAAAUAAAUAUCCCUUUUAAUUACGCUUGGCGUAAUACGUCUCGGACUAUAUGGUUGCCAUGCGCACAAGGUACAUAUUCAACAUCAACGGAAGGGAGGAGAAAAAAAAAAAAACACUUCAAGGGCGCUGCCAUGCUGUCUUCUUCAUAGUUUUCCCGCCACCAGAGCUGCCUAAGCUCCGCCCAAUAUUGUCAGUGGGCGUUUCAAGGUUCUCCCGCGAAACACAGUCAAUCAAUAAGAAUGAAGUGUACCCUCUUUCAGCCAAUAAGACCAUUGAUGAAUAAAUGUGGGUGGAGUUAAAGAGAAGCGGUCGCAAGGUUUGCCGCGAAAAUCGCAUCACGUGUAAUCCAGAAGGAAGGACCUGGUAGCUUUUAGGUCUAGUUAAAACAGUACGUUUUAAUAUAGUUUUAAAGUUAGUGUAGCAGUUCACCAAAGUCGGUGCAGAAUGUCAGGUUUUGACGACCCCGGAGUGUACUACAGCGACAGCUUUGGCGGUGCCGAGGGACCUGGGGACACUGGAACGGUGAAGCGGAUCCAGAUUAAGAAAAGAUUCCGCGAGUUUCUACGGCAGUUUCGGGUUGGCACUGAUCGGACCGGGUUCACCUAUAAAUAUAGAGAUGAGCUGAAAAGACACUACACACUGGGGGAGUACUGGGUCGAGGUGGAGAUGGAGGAUUUGGCCAGCUUUGAUGAGGAGCUGUCUGACUGCCUGUACAAGCUUCCUUCAGAAAACCUUCCUCUGCUAGAGGAGGCAGCACAAGAAGUGGCGGAUGAGGUCACUAAGCCUCGGCCAGCGGGGGAGGAGGUGGUGCAGGACAUUCAGGUCAUGCUGAAGUGCGAUGCUCAUCCUGCCUCCAUUCGAAGUCUGAAGUCGGAACAAGUGUCCCGGCUGGUCAAGAUUCCUGGGAUUGUCAUCUCCACCACAGCUGUCAGGGCCAAAGCCACCAAGGUGUGCCUGCAGUGCCGAGGCUGUCGGUCUGUCAUCAGCAAUAUCCCUUUGCCUCCUGGGCUGCAGGGUUAUGCCCUUCCCCGCAAGUGCAACACCGAGCAGGCAGGCCGCGUCAAGUGCCCUGUGGAUCCGUACUUCAUCAUCCCCGACCGCUGUGUGUGCGUUGACUUCCAGACCCUCCGCCUCCAGGAGUCACCAGAUGCCGUUCCCCAUGGGGAAAUGCCCCGUCAUCUGCAGCUUUACUGUGACAGAUACCUGUGUGACCGUGUGGUCCCCGGAAACAGAGUGACUGUUAUGGGCAUCUACUCCAUCAAAAAAACAGCCCAGACCAAAUCCCAAGGGCGUGGUCGGGACAGAUCUGCGGGUGUUGGAAUCCGUUCCUCUUACCUGCGUGUGGUGGGCAUCCAGGUGGACACAGAAGGAGCAGGCCGUGGAGCAUCGGGCUCUGUUUCCCCUCAGGAGGAGGAGGAGCUUCGAGCACUGGCUACCUCUCCUUCGAUUUACCAGUCCUUGGCACAUUCCAUUGCUCCGUCCAUCUAUGGCAGUGAUGACUUGAAGAAGGCCAUAGCCUGUCUGCUUUUUGGUGGUUCGCGGAAGAGACUUCCUGAUGGUCUUACUCGCAGGGGAGACAUCAAUCUGCUGAUGCUGGGAGACCCUGGAACUGCCAAGUCACAGCUGCUCAAGUUUGUAGAGCGGUGCUCUCCCAUUGGGGUGUACACCUCUGGUAAAGGCAGCAGUGCUGCUGGUCUCACCGCCUCUGUGUUGAGGGAUCCCAAUACACGGGGGUUCGUAAUGGAGGGAGGUGCCAUGGUGCUGGCCGACGGGGGUGUGGUAUGCAUUGAUGAGUUUGACAAGAUGAGGGAGGAUGAUCGAGUUGCUAUUCAUGAAGCCAUGGAGCAGCAAACCAUUUCUAUUGCCAAGGCUGGGAUCACCACCACCCUGAACUCCCGCUGUUCGGUUCUAGCAGCAGCAAAUUCAGUUUUUGGACGUUGGGAUGACACCAAGGGAGAGGAUAAUAUUGACUUCAUGCCCACCAUUCUGUCCCGUUUUGACAUGAUCUUCAUCAUCAAAGACCAGCAUGAUCAACAGAGGGAUAUGAACCUUGCUCGUCAUGUGAUGAAUGUCCACCUGAGCGCUCUGACUCAGACAGAGGGUGUAGAGGGAGAGAUUCCUCUGGCCAUGCUGAAGAAAUACAUCGCCUUCGCCAGAGCGAAAUGUGGGCCUCGGAUGUCAGCCGCUGCAGCAGAGAAGCUGAAGAACAGAUAUGUGAUGAUGCGGAGUGGGGCAAGGGAGCAUGAACGGGAGAGCGACAAGAGGGCUUCCAUUCCCAUUACAGUCAGGCAACUGGAGGCUGUUGUGAGGAUAGCAGAGUCCUUGGCCAAAAUGAAGCUGCAGGCUGUGGCUGGGGAGGAGGAGGUAGAUGAGGCUCUUCGACUGUUUCAAGUGUCGACGCUGGAUGCUGCGCUAUCUGGGAGCCUCUCAGGUGUCGAGGGAUUCACAACACAGGAAGAUCAGGAAAUGAUCUCGCGUAUUGAGAAGCAGCUGAAGAGACGCUUCGCCAUUGGCUCCCAGGUGUCUGAGCACAGCAUCAUCCAGGACUUCACCAAACAGAAAUACCCAGAACAGGCCAUUUACAAGGUCCUGCAUCUAAUGCUGAGGAGGGGAGAGCUGCAGCACCGCAUGCAGAGGAAGGUGCUCUACAGAGUCAAGUAGAAGCCCAUAAACAGCUGGAUGCAGAGUAGCCAUGUCAACUGUAAUAGAUACUAAUCUGCAGGGUCACUUUCUCAGCUUUGCAAAAGGACAAAAAAAAAAAGUUUGCUUCAAGCUGAGGUUUAAUCUGAUUACCAAUAAACUGAGAAUGUUUCCCUACUGUUUUCACUGCGGAAAGUAGAUUUUGUCUCAAUUUCUCAUCACAACCUCUUUUCCUUGUUGAUGCUUACUCAGUUUAUCAUUAUUCAGUUUUCUUUAUUCCUCCUCUCUACAUUGAGAGGUGUGUCAU